AUGGCAUUGACUUUCGCGGAAGCUCUCGUCGUAUAUCCACCCUCCGUUCCAUCGCGUUGCAUUGAAAAACGACCUUUCGACGAUCCAGCUUGUCCACCGUGUCCACCGUGUUUACCACGUUCACCUUGUACACCAACUUGCGGACAGUCCAGCGUUCAAUUUCAACUGACGUACACUUGUGACAGCUGCGGAGAGGCAAGGCGUACGAGCACUUUACCCCCGCCGUGCUGUCAUACAAGACCAGCGCCGUUUUGCUGUCCAAAGGAUGGCUGUCCACCGAUGCAGCAGUGUCCACCUAAGCGAUGCUGUCCACCUCCCACGUGCUUGCCAUUAAUCUGCGGAGGACGGCCCUGUUCACCUCCACCGCCACCGACCAUAUGCGUAGCGGGACCAUGCCCGAUACGACCUUGUCGAGUAAAGUACGAAUGUCCGCCACCUAAAAUAGAAGCACCACCAUCUUGCGUUCGAUUCUGCAUUCGCUGCACGUGCGAGGGAUCAACUUAUGCACCUUGUUACUUCUCCUGCCUGUCGACGUGUCCGCGUAUCGAUUGCUGUUAA